ACUAUGGAAACCAUUGAAUCAGAAUAUGGAAGUUCAACUAGAAGCAGCUCUUGGGAGUUUUUAUGGUCCAAAUGAGCCACUUCCAGAAGUCGUAAUCUUGGAAUAUCGGGACCAAGUAGGACAUCUUGCUCGUCGAUUCUUUCAUCAUCUUCUCAGAUAUCAGCGUUUUGAGAAAGCUUUUCUAUUGGCUGUUGAUUUAGACUGUCAAGAUUUGUUCUUGGAUUUGCAUUAUGUUGCUGAGAUGAAGGGAGAAAUGGCUCUAGCUGAGGUAGCACUUCAACAUGCAGACCACUUGGAUGUUGCAUCUGUCCUUACUGGAAGUGACACUGGAGAAUCUGUCAGCUGUGAUGAUGAAACGACAGAAUUUUCAGAUUGCAGCUCCUCAGAUUGUCAAGAUGACAGAAAUAACAACCAACAUUCUACACUAGAGGUUAUUCAAGCACAUUCAAAAAACCCUUGUCACUCACCCCCUCAGUCAUCUUACAUAGGUUCGUCAAUACAGGCAACUCCAUCUGAGCUCUGCUCACCAGUAUCCACAACCCAAAGAAAUCCUGGCCUCUUUGUUUCACCACAAGCCUUACCACAUCAGGACCUACAAGCACCAACAAGUACAGCACAAGAAAGUCUGGAAUCUUCUACUUCAACAAGAAACUUCACUAAACACACAAAGCAAUCACUAACUAUGGAGAACAAAAACCAUGGUACAUCAGUACCUACAGUCCCAGCAGGCUCUGGACUUUUCAGUCCAACAAGAACUUUAACUCAACAAGCCACACAACCUCCAGUAUCCAGAGCCCCAGUAGGCUCUGGACUUUUCAGUACAACAAGAACUUUAACUCAACAAGCCUCACAAUCUCCAGUAUCCAGAGCCCCAGCAGACUCUGGACCUUUAACUGAACAAGCCCUGCAAUCUCCAGUAUCCAGAGCCCCAGCAGACUCUGGACCUUUAACUGAACAAGCCCUGCAAUCUCCAAUAUCCAGAGCCCCAGCAGACUCGGGACCUUUCAGCCCAACAAAGACUUUAAUACAACAGGCCUCACAAUCUUCAGUAUCCAGAGCUCCAGCAGACUCUGAACCUUUAAGUCCUACAAGAACUAAACAAGUACAACAAUCGCUUGUAUAUACAGCUUCGACAGGUUCCGAUAUUUUCAGUCCAGUGAAGAACUUAGCUCAACAGUUUUCAACAUCAUCAGUACCAACAGGUCUCGAACCUUUUGUCCCAGUACGGACUGUAAUGCAGUAUCCAGUACAGUUUAAAAAUGCAGUUACUUAUAAACCUACGGGAAUAACAGAACAUCCACAGUUGCCACUAACAGUGAACCCAACACAAAUACGUCUUGCAUCUUCUGUUACAACAAAGACUGUGUUGCCACAAACCCAUCAUUUGUUUGCUUCAUCACUUAUAGAACACAGUGGUAAUAAUAAGAGUUUUGGACUUCACCAAACAACAAUCUCUGGUCAAGUAGGAUGUUCUAACGUUCCUGUGCAUACUGAAGCUCUUACUUCUCUCCAACAACCACGACCUUACAUAAAUUCCAGGAGUACUCAGGUUCUUCUACAGCCUCCACAUCCAACUAUUUCCCACAAUGUAGCUAAUAGCUCAUGGAUUGGCUUCCAGAACAACAUGAAUGUUAGGCAAGGUCAGCCUAGUCAUGGUCAUUUCAAUAGGACACCUGUACAAGGAGAAACAAGGUCUCAACCAUUAUAUAGAGGCACAGCCACUGGUCAGAUACUAAUGAGGAGCCCAUGGACACCAUCUCCACAACACUACUUAACACCAGGUGGUCAACAUUCCUUUGGUGCUUACCAGUGGCCACAGUGCUACAGCAGUGGUUUUACACCAGCAAGAUCAGUAUCAGUUGGACCUUCUGGGCACUAUCCUCAAUCUUUUUAUCACCCAGUGUGGCAGGAUAGACAGCCACUGGUACACACUGGUCAAAACUGUGGUGCAUUUGAAGGAUUGUCAAAGCUAGGUAAUCAGCAGUCUCAUUUACCAGGCUACAGCUACACUUCUGAUCCAAAUGAACACUUUGUUGACAGUGAUGAAAUACAAGCAAAGCAAAAUUCUGAUGAAAAUACGCUUGACAAAACUGUGCAAGAAGAUGAACAAGAACAUUCUGAAGAGGAGGAUUUGGAAGGAGCCAGGGUGAAGUUUGUUCAUUUUGGAGUUGUUUGACGUGGUGAAUACUUCCCGGAUUACAACAGUAAUAUUCCGUCCAUGGUUUUUUUCUUUUUUUAUAUUU